GCGAAGCUGUCCCUGGGCCGCUGAUCCCAAUGCACCGGCUCGGCCUCCUCGACAUCCUAGUCUGCCUAAACUUGUGCAGCUUUGGGGGCACUUUGGCAACUCCGCAGAGCGCAUCCAUCAAAGCCUUGCGCAACGCCAACCUCAGACGAGAUGAGAGCAAUCACCUCACAGACUUGUACCGAAAAGACGAAGCCAUCCAGGUGACAGGAAACGGCCACCUGCAGAGUCCUCGCUUCCCAAACAGCUACCCACGGAACCUGCUUCUGACAUGGAGCCUCCGUUCUCGGGAGAAAACGAGGAUCCAGCUAUCAUUUGACAAUCAGUUUGGAUUGGAGGAAGCAGAAAAUGAUAUCUGUAGGUAUGACUUUGUGGAAGUUGAAGACGUAUCGGAAACCAGCACUGUUAUUAGAGGACGAUGGUGCGGACACAAGGACGUGCCCCCAAGGAUAACAUCACGAACAAACCAAAUUAAGAUCACGUUCAAGUCUGAUGACUACUUUGUGGCUAAACCUGGAUUCAAGAUUUAUUAUUCUUUGGUGGAGGAUUUCCAACCUGCUGAAGCCUCAGAGACUAACUGGGAGUCAGUCACAAGUUCCAUCUCAGGUGUACCCUAUCACUCUCCAUCAGUAACGGACCCCACGCUCACUGCGGACGCUCUGGACAAAACCAUCGCAGAAUUUGAUACCGUGGAGGAUCUGCUCAAGCACUUCAACCCAGAAUCGUGGCAAGAAGACCUGGAGAGUCUGUAUUUGGACACCCCGCAUUAUCGGGGCAGGUCGUACCAUGACAAGAAGUCAAAAGUUGACCUGGACAGGCUUAACGAUGACGUCAAGAGGUACAGCUGCACUCCCAGGAACUAUUCUGUCAACUUACGGAAGGAGCUGAAGCUGACCCAUGUGGUCUUCUUCCCACGCUGCCUGCUGGUGAAGCGCUGUGGGGGAAACUGCGGCUGUGGAAUUGUCAACUGGAGGUCCUGCGCGUGCAGUUCGGGGAAAACUGUGAAAAAGUACCACGAGGUAUUGAAGUUUGAGCCUGGCCCUUUCAAGAGGAAGGGCAGAGCCAAGAGCAUGGCUUUUGUUGACAUUCAACUGGAUCACCAUGAGCGAUGCGAUUGUAUCUGCGGCUCCAGACCACCUCGAUGAAGGAACAACGGACAUAGACGUAAAUUAAACCAGAAGGAACCUAUAGUCUAAGCAGGGUGUGGUAAGAUGGCCCUUCGCCACCAACACCUGAACUUACAACUAGCCAGUCUUGCAGUGAAUGCAAGUGGUUGCUGAGUUUCAGCCUAGCUUUGUUAGUGUUAUGUAAAGUAGGAAGAUGCAUCAUCAACUAGCAACGUCUAUAGUCAAGCGUAUAGGAUUGCAAAUACUAAUAGUGUCGGAGCAUACACUCACUUAAAAUAUAGACACUUGUUUCUGCAAGAAGGCUUCAAAAAUUUAUGGAAAAAUGAAAGUAAAAGAUAAUGGAAUUUUUUCCAAUAACAUUUUGAAACCCCAUCAUACAUGUAAAUAGGUAAAUCAAAUGGUUUAUCCAGUAUAUAUAGCCAGAGCUUAUAUAUUGUUCCUUGGAUCCUUUGACAAAAUAAGGGAUGUCUCAAAUAUUUGAAGCCUUUUUUAAAAAUGCCUGAAGAUGAAUUUGAUUGGUUUAUAUUUUGAUUUUGAAUGGCUAAACAGUUUCAGUUCUCACACUUUUAAAGAAAGCACCUCAUAUAGUAAAAAUAAAAGAUAAGUUGUUUUUAUGUAUACAUCUCAAUUGAUCACAAAUAAAAUGGGGGGAAAAUCAUACAAAAAAACUCAAGCCCCCCGCUCCAUGAGAUGCACUACACAUGUAUUUGUGUAUCCAAUAAUUACUUGUCUCCCAAACCACAUGACAGUAAUAUAAGUGUUAUAGGAAUUAAGUCAUUGUCUUCUUUUUUAUUCAUUUUGCUGAGGCAUACCAAUUAAUUGGCACAUAUCUCAAAAAGUGAUUUAUUAUUAUAAUCCUACAGGAGGUCAUUUGUAAGCUGGAACAGAAUUUUGAACUUUUUUCUUUCCCAAAUUUCCCCUACAAGAACAAAUAUUUCAAGAGCCUGGUGGGGACUUUACUUCCCAAAUAGUAUUCAUUGGAAGAUUGGGCCAUUGAAAGUAUUUUUUUUAAAAGGUGAGCAAUGAAGUGUUACUGUAACUGGACAAGGGAUGGCCUAAUUCAGAGGACCCCUAUUUGGUCAUGUGUUCACUCUCCAUCUUCUGCUAAUUCCUUUGAGGUACUUUGCUUUUGUGUGUGUCUCUUCCAUACGUGAACAUGGAUUUAAAAUGGCAUUUAUGCUUGCCAUGCCAUUGUAGAUUAUUUAUAGGUUAAAAACUCUUGUGUAUUAAUGAAACAACCAGAUUUUAGUAAUGUCAAUCCCUAAUGAUAUAUUCACUCACCGUUCUAAAUUCUUGUUUCUGAACCAAAUGAUAUCAGGUCCUUUCCAAACCCAUGGAGUUUGUUCUAGAGACCACAGCUUCAACCCUGCUCCGCCACAAGAGAACGGUGCGUGUAGAGGCUGUUAGGGGUAUUUAUAGGAAAAUUUCCUCCCUGGUUCCCGCAUGUCUAUUUUAAAGAACACUGAAUCCAGGCGUAGGAAGUGAUUCAUCAUUCUCUAAAGCAAGGUCUUUAAGGGAGCAACUCUGAAAUCAAGAUUACUGGGGGGCUUCUAAAGGAGGGCUACAUUUUUCUUCCUGCCUUGAGAGACAAACACAGCCGGUCUCUUCUGAUGUCAGACCUUACUGACAACAACCAUGUGACACGACUGAGAAAGUCCCAGUGUCAGAUGAGUGACCUCCGUGCAGUUAGAUUCCUAAGCCUGGUGCUUUCAGGACCCAGUUCUCAAUUAUCCUUAGAACCCCAUUCCUUCCCAGAGCUCUGAGAUGAACAUUCAAUGAUCAUUGAAGAUACAUGCAAUGUUUUCAUAUCAUGAGGGUUUUGGUAAAAUUAAAUGCGCUACAAAUUCCAGAGCAAAUCAGAAACUGUAAAAUCAGAAAUAGUCCAGAUAGACAGUCUAGUAAUCAGACGCUACUCACUUUCACAGCCUCUUACAAGAUUCCCAUGAGAGCAUCGGUUUCCUGUGCCACAAUCACAACGGGAGUUACAUCGUUAGUGUGGAUAGCUCACACCACCACUAUACAUAUAAAAACUAAUAGUUGGAUCCAAGUUUCAAUAAACUUCCUGGCUACAAUCACCAGGAUGGCUUUCAGUUAAUGUCUUUUCUGUACUUUUUAUUUAUUAGGGGCAAUAUAAGCAAGUAUAUUCAUUCACUUUUCUUACUCUUUUUUUUGGGAGGGGGGUCCUUUGUUAAAAGUUCUUCCUUGGUCAUCUAUCUCCAUUGUACUUCCAACUUGUAGUCAAUAAAUCUCCUUUAUUGCCAUUAAAGGAAUGAAAAGCUUACUGUACAAAUUACAUUUCAAAAUAAACCCUAAUGAAUCCACAUUUCUACAUGGUUCACUCUCCUGGGAUAAUGUCUUUCACUCAAUAUAUUCUUGUAGAGCAGAAAACUUUCAUAAGUAGAUUCUAUUAUUAUUAUUAUUGGCCAUGUUGGUAACAGGAAGCUUUUUUCUUCAAUAACAUUCUCUGUAGCAAAUGUAAUAUGCCUCUUAUUAUCAUGAAAAAUAAAUAUUGUUUUUGAACAAAACCAUUCCAUUAUUUAGUCCUCAAUUGUAGUUUUAAAAGCUGAAUAAUGUUGCAGACUUACUUAUACAAAUGCACCCAACUAUUUGAAAUGCUAAGAGUGGGUGAUUUCUGAGAACUUCAUGCUGAAAGCUUCCUAUCUACCACCUUUCACUCCAUCAGUUUCCGGUCGAGUUUGGUUUUUGUUGUUGUUGCUAUUGUGAAAUCUAUGUAUGGCUGUUUCCCCACGGGACUUUUAAUUAAAUAUCAUUUCCUCUGGGACUCUCUGGGUAAUGCAAAUACUUAGCGUACUUAACUGCUAACUGAAAUGUGGAAGUUCAAGACUCUCCAGACGUACCUUAACAAAAAAGACCUGGAGGUCUAUCACUGACAAAAUCAGCCAAUGAAUCCCGUAUGGAGGACAGUUCCACUCCGCCACACCUGAGUCGGAAUCUACUUGAAGACAAUUGGGAUUAUUGUCCUCUGACAUUUCUCACUGAGGACACUGUGCCUCCUUCUCUCACCUAGGGGACUGAAAUCCGUUUCAGACGCCCAUCUCAGCUAAGCGAUUCACUGUUGUCAGGUCAGGGAGACCACGGGAGAGGCUGCCUUCCUGGAGCACUGGAUUCGAAGGUUCAUGAAGCGGCCACAAGUAUAAAGAGAGCUCUUCCGGCUGCAAGAAGGUUUGCUGUGGCAUGUGGUUCCACCUCUACCGUGAUCCUCGCAGAGACAGGGCGACAGCUGUACACUGUCCUGUGGACUCGCCACUUCUUUUCCUUUCCUUGCUGUAGGGUGUUUGGGGAGUGGGAGCAAAGACUUAUGUAUUUGUUGGCGAAAGUUAAUUGUACCAUUAAAAGUACUAGCUACUAUGUGCCAGAGUGAGGAAAAGAGAUGGGAGAAGGAGCAAAUAUUUCUGUUCAUUCAGAUAACUUGAUUUUCAUGUAAAACAUCUUAAUAGCCAUAUACAGAAAUAGGGUUUUAAUGUGAACAUAUUAAAAUUUUUAUUUCACCUCA